GAUGUCGAAGAACAAGGAGUACGUCAGUUCCGCUGGCCUUCGCAUAGAUGGUCGCAGACCCCUGGAGGCGCGUCCAAUUAAUGCGAAAUUCGGUACUAUGACUAGCUGUGAUGGCGGUUGUGUAUUGGAACAUGGAAACGCUAGGGUUUGUGCUUCCGUGUUUGGACCUCGAGAGUGCGUUAACAAGCAGGAGGCGAGACAUGAUGAGGCAGUUCUGACCUGUGAAGUUGCAAUCGCAGCCUUCGCAAGUGAGUAUCGCAGUAAUCCACAGCACCGUAGUAAAGUAGCGGAUGAUAUAGCGACUAUAGUCGUGCAGGUUGCAAGCUCAAUGGUUUUGCUGUCUCAAUACCCCAGCUCUCAGAUCCAUAUCUACAUUGAGGUAUUGCGGCAAAACGGAAACGAGAAGGCGACCUGCAUUAAUGCCGCUUGCCUUGCGCUUAUGAAUGCUGGCAUCGCCAUGAGAGAUGCUGUCUGCUCUAUCAAUGCGGGAAUUAUAGAUAAUAAGUUGCUUGUAGAUUUGACAAGUGAGGAGAUGCGGUCUCAGUGCCCUAUGGUCUCCCUCGCAGUUACGUCCCACGAUGUGAACAACAUUGUUUGGUUAGAAACAUCUUCGCGAUUAACAACAGAAUCAGUGGGCAUGUUAAUCCAGGGUGCGCAAGAAUGCAUUGAGACGCAGGUUUGGAAGAGUAUGAAGAUAAUCCUCGAAGAUUACGCGAAGGAAACAUUCAAAGAAUAGGUUCAGAUUAGCGUGACCCUCUUGUUUCUUCUCUAUUUCAGUUUAUACUUGUGUGUUCAAAUUCACUGGUUGUGUCGCUGUUUGUCUCAUCUUGUUUUAGCAAGUAGUAGAAUGACGUCUACUGUGCAGCAUUGGUAAAGAAUAAUAAAAGAAAAACACCACGUUUAAGAGUUUGUUACUUGAUUUAUCGACUUUUUUA